CCCAAGCCUCUCAUUCUCUUCAUCCUCUCCUCCCUCACUCUUCAGACUCAAGUCGGCGGCGAGAGAGAUCCCCCCAUAUAUUCUUCACUUUGAGUUUCUUGAGAUAUCUUGCUGAAAUUCCAUCAUGGGUAAAGAGAAGUUUCACAUCAACAUUGUGGUCAUUGGCCAUGUCGACUCCGGGAAAUCAACCACCACCGGUCACUUGAUCUACAAGCUUGGUGGUAUUGACAAGCGUGUUAUUGAGAGGUUUGAGAAGGAGGCUGCUGAGAUGAACAAGAGGUCAUUCAAGUAUGCCUGGGUGUUGGACAAGCUCAAGGCUGAGCGGGAACGUGGUAUUACUAUUGAUAUUGCCUUGUGGAAGUUUGAGACCACCAAGUACUACUGCACAGUUAUUGAUGCUCCUGGACAUCGUGACUUUAUCAAGAACAUGAUUACUGGAACCUCCCAGGCUGAUUGUGCUGUCCUCAUUAUUGAUUCCACCACUGGUGGUUUUGAAGCUGGUAUUUCCAAGGAUGGUCAGACCCGUGAGCAUGCUUUGCUUGCUUUUACUCUUGGUGUCAAGCAGAUGAUUUGCUGCUGUAACAAGAUGGAUGCCACCACUCCCAAGUACUCAAAGGCAAGGUACGAUGAAAUUGUGAAGGAAGUCUCAUCCUAUCUUAAGAAGGUUGGGUACAACCCAGAUAAAAUUGCCUUUGUCCCCAUUUCUGGAUUUGAGGGUGAUAACAUGAUUGAGAGGUCCACUAACCUUGACUGGUACAAGGGUCCCACCCUUCUUGAGGCCCUUGACUUGAUCAAUGAGCCCAAGAGGCCCUCAGACAAGCCCCUCCGACUCCCACUUCAGGAUGUGUACAAGAUUGGUGGCAUUGGUACUGUACCUGUUGGACGUGUUGAGACUGGUGUUGUGAAGCCUGGUAUGGUUGUUACUUUUGGUCCCACUGGACUGACAACUGAAGUUAAGUCUGUUGAGAUGCACCAUGAAGCUCUCCAGGAGGCUUUUCCAGGUGACAAUGUUGGAUUCAACGUCAAGAAUGUUGCUGUCAAGGAUCUCAAACGUGGUUUUGUUGCUUCAAACUCCAAAGAUGAUCCUGCAAAGGAGGCUGCCAACUUUACCUCUCAGGUCAUCAUCAUGAACCACCCUGGCCAGAUUGGAAAUGGAUAUGCUCCAGUUCUUGACUGCCACACCUCCCACAUUGCUGUCAAGUUUUCUGAGAUCUUGACAAAGAUUGAUAGGCGAUCUGGUAAGGAGAUUGAGAAGGAGCCCAAGUUCUUGAAGAAUGGAGAUGCUGGUAUGGUGAAGAUGAUUCCAACCAAGCCCAUGGUUGUUGAGACGUUCUCUGAGUACCCGCCACUUGGUCGUUUUGCCGUGAGGGACAUGCGACAGACAGUUGCUGUUGGUGUCAUCAAGAGUGUUGAGAAGAAGGAUCCAACCGGUGCCAAGGUCACCAAGGCUGCAGCAAAGAAGAAGUGAGAUGUGUUUUACCGUGCCCUUGAGCUAGGCUAGUUUUGUCCAAUGCUGUUUCUUUUCAAUUGUUUGGUGUUAUUAUGGAAGUUUUGUGGACAGUUUUGAAUGUUUACAUCGUAGUACUCUACCAACCCCUUGUAAGGGUUGUGGAGGAGCUGAGCAGUUGGAUCAUCCUCCGGUUGCUCUGCUAGCUGUGUUGUAGGCUCCUCGUGUUUUCGUUUUAUACAUUGAGAUGAGUUGUGUAGUUGAACAACUUCGUAUUAAUGUUUGCAGCUUCUGUUUUUGUGUUUUAACUUCGAUUUUUCCUCAGAUUUUUGAUAUU